AUGUCACACCUCACAUAUUACAACUAUGAAGGAGUAGGCAAAACCAACAACAAGGACUACUCCUACUCGCAAGCCGUACGCGUGGGCAACACCAUCAAGUGCUCUGGCCAAGGUGGCUGGGAUGACCAAGGCAAUAUUGACAAGGACGACCUCACGGGUCAAAUUGAUCUCGCAUUUAAGAAUGUUGAGAAAAACCUCAAGGACGCAGGCGCAAGAGGUUGGGCAGAUGUCCACUCGGUCAGAAGUUACCACAUCUCGCUCUCUGGUUCUUUUGACAUGAUGGUGGAGGAGUUUCGCAAGUGGAUGCCUGAUCAUCAGCCUACAUGGACCUGUGUGGGUGUCACCGAGUUGGGUAUUCCUGGUAUGAUUGUUGAGAUUGAGGUGGAAGCCAACAUUGCACAAUAG